UUUAAAUGUACAUAUCCCAAGUGGCAUUUGCACGGAAUGGCUGAAGUGAAUUCUAAUGUACUGAAAAGAGAAGUUAAUGUCGUAUCUGAGACAUUGGAUGUCCAACCGAACAAUAAGAAUAAAAAUGGGGCGAAUUUAAGAAAAAAGGUGGAGAAAAGUGAAUCUCAAAUAUCAGAAAAAGAAGCAAACGGUAUGAAUGAGACAUCGGCUUCCUCAUUAGAAAAAGAGACAAUUCCCAUAAAUGAGUCAUCUGCUCAGCUAUCAGACGAAAAGACAAAUGCAAUGAGAGAAAUGUCAGAUUCGACAGAAGAGGCAAAGGCCAUAAAUGGCAUAUCAGAUUCGACAAAAGGAGCAAAAGCCAUUAAUGGCAUAUCGGAUUCGACAAAAGGAGCAAAAGCAAUUAAUGGUAUAUCGGAUUCGACAGAAGAGGCAAAGGCCAUAAAUGGCGUAUCGGAUUCGACAAAAGGAGCAAAAGCCAUUAAUGGCAUAUCGGAUUCGACAAAAGGAGCAAAAGCCAUUAAUGGUAUAUCGGAUUCAACAGAAGAGGCAAAGGUCAUAAAUGACAUAUUGGAUUCGACAGAAGUGUCAAAUGCCAUAAAUGGCAUAUCGGAUUCGACAGAAGAAGCAAAUGCCAUAAAUAGCAUAUCGGAUUCGACAAACGAGUCAAAUGCCAUAUUUAGCAUAUCAGAUUCGACAAACGAGGCAAAUGGCAUAAAUGGGACAUCGGAAGGGGCUAUUUCUAUUAACGGGACAUCAACUCUUCAUUUAAAAGAAGACACAGAUACUAGCGUAAAUGAAACAUCGUCACAAAUAUUAGAAAAGGCAAAUGUCAUCACAGAGACAUCGGCUCCGUUAUUAGAAGAAGAGGCAAGUGCUACAACUGAGACACCGGUUCCGGUAAUAGGAGAAGGAUUAAAUAUUAUAUCUGAGACAUCUGCAUCUUUAUUGGAAGAAGAGGAAAAUAUGACUGAGACUUCGGCUACGUUGUUAAAAGAUGAGACAAAUGCCGUAAAUAAAGCAUCGUCUCCAUUAUUAGAAAACGCAAAUGCCACAACUGAAAUAUUGGUCACUGAUUUAGAAAAUGAGGGACAUGUUUUCAAUGGGAAUUCGGCUGAAUUAUUACCUGAAGAAACAACUGCCAUAAAUGAAGAAGAGGCAAACGCUAUAAGUGAGACAUGGACCGUCUUGUGGAGUAAUAAGAAGGAAAAUGGGAUAGCACUUUUCAUAAAAUUAUUUACUACGUAUCCAGAAGCACAAAAGAUGUUCAAAGAGUUCGAUGGUUUAACAAUUGAAGAAGUGAGAUCAAAUAAAAAAUUGAGAGCACAUGCAUUGUCUCUUAUGUAUGCUUUGAAAUCAUUUCUUGACAAUCUAGAUGAUCCAGAAACAUUAGAAGGAUUAGUGAGGAAAAAUGCUAUAAACCAUGCAACACGAGGUGUAGGUCCCAAAGAAAUAAUGUGGCUGUUACCAUUAUUUCUAGAACUAUUGGACGAAAUUAUGGAGGGAAAUGUCACAAAACUUCAGAAAAAGGCUUGGACAAAAUUAUAUGGUGUAUUGGCAUCAAUUUCACGGGAAGAGGUUAAUAAUUUAAGUGAGAAAUCGGCUCAAUUAUUAACAGAAGAAACAACUGCCAUAACUGAAGAAGAGGCAAACGUUAUAAGUGAGACAUGGACUGUCUUGUGGAGUAAUAAGAAGGAAAAUGGGAUAGCACUUUUCGUAAAAUUAUUUACUACGUAUCCAGAAGCACAAAAGAUGUUCAAAGAGUUCGACGGUUUAACAAUUGAAGAAGUGAGAUCAAAUAAAAAAUUGAAAGCACAUGCAUUGGCUCUAAUGUAUGCUUUGAAAUCAUUUCUUGACAAUCUAGAUGAUCCAGAAUCAUUAGAAGGAUUAGUGAGGAAAAAUGCUAUAAACCAUGCUAAGCGAGGUGUAGGCCCCAAUGAAAUAAUGUGGCUGUUACCAUUAUUUCUAGAACUUUUGGACGAAAUUCUUGAAGAAAAUGCCACAGAACUUCUGAAAAAGGCCUGGACAAAAUUAUUUGGUGUGUUGGCAUCCAUUUCACUUGAAGAGGUUAAUAAUUUAAAGGAAGAACAUGCAUAAAAUUGGCUAACAUUUUAACGUACUGAAUUAUGUAUAUUAACCUCAAUAGCACAACUGAUCAUUUGAUGAAGGGGUACACAAAGGUAGAAGAAAUAUCAACAAAAAAGGAAAUCAGAAAACGGUUUUGCUGAAUAUACAAUGAAGUUUAUUGUUUUCCUUGUCAACAUUUGGUGAUUUGUUUACAAAUUAUAACGCACGCAUUUCUGUUUACUAUGAUUUAUAGUUAUGAAGUGUUAGUCUGUUUAUCUUUUAAAAGAGUCUAUGUCAAAAAGACAAUAAGUAUGCCUUGUUUUAUAUAUGUAAUGAUCAGAAUGCAGAUAUCAAAUGGUUCGAUUGUGAAAAAUAGUUUACCGUCGUUUUGUAUGUGAGUCUUACAUUAACAACUUAUCAUUGUUUGAUUAAAAACUUAUUUAUUGUG